AGAAGUGGCCGCCGCUUCCGGACGUCCCGCGGACCGAGUGCCUGCCGCGGACAUCAUGUCUAGGGCCGAGUCACCCAAGACUGAGACAGCGUGGGCUGAGGCGGACACCCACAUCCACGUCCACACCCACGAGACAGAGGAUGAGCUGAUGCCACAGGUGGACGCCCACGUCCACCCCCACGCCCACCCCCACAUCCACGCCCACCCCCACAUCCACGCCCACCCCUACCCCCACAUCCACGCCCACGUCCAUGCCCACGCCCACUUACCAGAGCAGGAGCUGGUACCACAGAUGCACGCCCACACCCACACCCACGUGACGGAGGAGGAGCCAGCCCUGCAGGCGGACGCCAGCACCCAGGGGAUGGAGGAGCCGGUACCCCAGCCUGGCGUGGUGGACCGCGUGGCAGCCAUGCCGCUCAUCAGCUCCACCUGCAACAUGGUGUCCGCCGCCUACACCUCCACCAAGGAGAGCCACCCCAACGUCAGGGCCGUGUGCGACAUGGCGGAGAAAGGCAUCAGGACGUUCACGGAGGCUGCGGUCAGCGGGGCCCAACCCAUCCUGUCCAAGCUGGAGCCCCAGAUCACCUCGGCCAGCGAAUAUGCCCACCGCGGCCUAGACCGCUUGCAGACAGUGCCUAUCCUGCAGCAGACCUCAGACAAGGUCCUGGCUGACACCAAGGACCUGGUGUCAACCAAGAUGACGGAGGCCAAAGAGAUGUUCUCCAACACCGUGUCCAGCGCCAAGGACACCGUGGCCAUGAGCGUGACCGAGGCAGUGGACUUGACGAUGUCCAUGCUCAGCAUAGGCAUGAACUCAGUCAUGGGCACCCGCAUGGGUCAGAUGGUGACCAGUAGGGUGGACACCAUGCUGGGCAAGUCAGAAGACUGGGUGGACAACCACCUGCCCCUGACGGAUGAGGAGCUGGCCCGCCUGGCCGCGUCGGUGGAGGGCUGCGACCCGGCCUCGGUGCAGCAGCAGCGGCGGGAGCAGAGCUACUUCGUGCGCCUGGGCUCGCUGUCGGAGCGCCUGCGGCAGCGCGCCUGUGCACACGCGCUGGGGCGGCUGCGGGGCGCCGGGCAGGGCGCGCAGGACGCGCUGCAGCAGCUGGCGCAUGCGCUCAGCCUGAUAGAAAGCGCGAAGCAAAGUGUGGAUCAGAAGCUGGGGGAGGGGCAGGAGAAACUGAGCCAGAUGUGGAUGAACUGGAAGAACAUGAAGACCCCGAACAAGAAGAACAGUGAGAGGGACCCGGACCCCGCAGAGCCAGAGGUACCCACCAGACCCCCCGUGUUUCCCACCACACUCCUGUCUGUGGAUCCGUCUGUCAGCAGUGAUUUCUCUCCUAUAAGCGGCGGUUAUUGGCCGGGCCACCUCCUCCAGGAAGUUCACCUUGCUUUCUACUCUGUGGCGUGGCCGUGGCCUCUUAAUGAUGAAGUGGCUCCACCUGUUAAAAGCCAAGUCUUGGUGUCUUUCAUGCCCCAUCUGCCCCGUGGGUUUUAG